ACCUCACUUCUCUACAACACUAGCAAUGGAGAUGGACAGCAUUUACACUGGGCUGCAGAAUCCCUCGGAGGAUCUCUACUCAACAGUAAACCAGCCCCAGGGCAAGAGAUCAGGAGCAGAAAAGGGUGACCCCACUGCUGGUAAAGCUCCUCCAUACAGAUGGGCUGCAUUGGUCCUGGCAGGGCUGUGCGCUCUCUCAGUGGCUGCCAUUAUAUUCCUCUCAGUCUACAUUUCUAACUUCCAGACCCUCGAACUCCAAUCCCAGUAUUCAGAACUGGAAAGGAACUACACGGACACAGUUUUACACAUGCAGACUAAGUAUUCAGAACUGGAAAGGAACUACACCAACAUCUCUGCCACAGUUUUACACAUGCAGACUAAGUAUUCAGAACUGGAAAGGAACUACACCAACAUCUCUGCCACAGUUUCUAACUUCCAGACCAAGAACCUCGAACUCCAAUCCCAGUAUUCAGAACUGGAAAGGAACUACACAGACAUCGCUGCCACAAUUUUUAAAGCCUGUCCACAGAACUGGGAGCUGUUCAAUGGCAAGUGUUACUACUUCUCCACUGAUAGAAUGAACUGGACCUCCAGCCGUGAUAACUGCACAUCACUGGGGGGGCACCUGGUGAUUAUAGAGAGCGAUGGAGAGCAGAGAUCCCUAACGGAUAAGGCUUUGAUCAUCACACAAGAAGCUUACAGGUAUGAAGAGAAAUCCUACUGGAUCGGCCUGACUGACGCUGUUACUGAAGGAACCUGGCUCUGGGUGGACGGCACUCCUCUCAUUGGCAAUGUCAAAGCAAAAUUCUGGGCCACAAGGUCGAUUCUUCUUCUUAAUUAUGGUAAAGAGCCUGAUGACUAUAAGGGAGAGGACCCGUCUGGUGAAGACUGUGCACAGCUACAACCACAGAGGAAUUCCUAUGAGACCUGGUUCGAUUCCUCAUGCAAAAAUCAAUAUAAAAGGAUUUGUGAAACUAAGGCUGUAAUACACUAAUAAGAGGAUAAUCAGGAAAAAAGGAAGCUAAGGUUACUGAAGCACAAAGAGAGACUAGAAAGAAUAGAAGAAACUCAGUUCAGAUAGACAAGCAUGCAGGUCAUCCCCCAACAUUACCAUAUUAACCGUUUGAUUCCACAUUAUGAAAAAGCAGAGAUAACAAUGAGCUGCUGGUGGUUUGUACUGAAUGAAGAAAGACCUAGUCAGUGCAGAAAGCUCCACAUCUUGAAUGAGGACCCUAACAACAAGAUUGGGAAUCAAAGGCUUAAUAGUAAUGAUGGGAGAUUCAACCUGAUUCCGCACAUGGAGGGGCCAGCCCUACCUAACUGAUAGAAGCACACCCCCACAAACAAACAGUCUGAAUCAACACACUGAUGAAGGCACCAGACUUGUAUCUGAGGGUUCUGCUCUGAGCUACAAUGGAGCAACCCACUGAAACAACUACUUCAGCAGAUUAGUAUUAUCAUUUUAUAACCCUGCACUGCACUGAACACAAUUUUUGUUCCUGGGUAGUAAGUGUUAUUUCCUAAUUGCUUAUGCCUCAAAAGUAUAGAAAAUGGCUAUUAUUCCCCACAAACUUUGCUUUUGUGACCAGGACAGUGAUAUUUUGAAAUUUACCUAUUUCCAAUGAGAAAACGGGUGAAUUUGUGUCUCUUCACAUAAAGUCAGAAAAAAACAACAUAUAAAUCCAAAUUAACAUGUAUUUAUACUAAAGUAAUACAGAAAUGACUACAAAAGAUUUAGAAGUGAGUAGUUUUUCGAGAUUUACGAUUAUACUGUAAAUCACUUUCACGAAUCAGCCCCCAAAUGUAGUCUCCCAUCAUGUUCU